GUGUUGGUGUUCUUACGACAUUAUUUUCUUUGUCGCAUACAUUUCGUGUUCUUUUUUAUUUUAUUUGAAAGAAUUCAUGUUACUCAAGAUUAUUUGCGAAGCUAAAUGAAAACGGUGAUAAGGAAUUCGUAAAGUGUGAAUGCGCGUGAUGUGAUUUUUUUUUUUUUGAUGAUGCUUUUUACCAAACGAAAUGUUAAUAUUUGAUUUUGGUUUUGGAUUUAAUAUGAAAAAGGGAACCAAACUCGAUGGAACAUUUGAAAAUACGCGGUUCGGUGUAAGUGAUUUUAAGAAUUUUGCGCAAUGCAAAUGUAAAAUUUACAUGUUAAACACAAUGAAGUGAUCGAAAUAAAUGUGAAGUGUCCUAGACGAAUUGGAGCUAAAGCUGUGCGCAAACAGUAACAACACGUAUAAAAUUAAAACGGUAUUAUGAAAUUCAUGUGAAAAUGAUCUGGUGAAAGUAUCGAAAAGAUAACGAAAAAAAGAAAUCAAAUCGAAUUUUCAUACAAUCAAAACGCAAAGCAAGAAUAUUGCCAGCGAAAAUGCAAUCACAGUAUUCGCAAGCACAUCAAAGGGCGGCUCUUCAACCACAGUCUUCAACAUCGACAACCACAUCAACGGGAAAGCAAGUGGUCGAGCUAAAUGGAUAUGUAAUCAUUGUGGUGGAAAGUCGCGAUAAUAAAAUUAAAUUGUAUGGAUCGCCUGCUGACAGAGACAACUUGGAAGUGGCUGACGAGAUACUUGACGUUAAUGAACGCAAAUUGGAAGAUUUGCCACGCGCCGAAGUAAUACGCUACAUUCAUGAGUGUAUCCAAUCAUGUGUGAUAAAGUUGCGUGUGAAACGACGGAGUGAUUCAAAGCUCGCUAGUGAAUUAGGUAAUGCUGUUCAAGAUGCAUUCGUUAUUGCUGUCGAACAACAGGCCCGUGAGCGUUUGCAGCGUUUAUCAGCUCUCAAACGAAUCAAGCCGGUUGACAUGUCACAGUUGUCAAUCAAGUUAAAUCAACAAAAUCAGACGGCCAAAGGUGUAAAAACACAAGACUAUAGUUUUUUGAACGAAGCAUCGACAAUUUAUGUGACAUCGUUGACGGGAAAUCACGUAACUGGUACUACAACCUUAACGACAUCAAAUUUAUCAAGUAGCAAUUUACAACACACAUCGACCACAUUUUCACCACCGGUAAACACCGUCUCUGGAUCAUUGGCAUUGGAUUCAAAUCAAUCACGAACGAUUCAAUCAAUUGCACACGUGCAUCAGCCGCCCGUUUCAAUACACAAUAAACAACAACAAAAUCAAACAAAAGUGGUGAAUCAACAACCAUUGGCUGGUGGUUGGCUAAUCGGUGAAAGUGCCAAAGGAACAUUGUUCAGCAACGAUCAGCAAGCAUUCCAAAAUAUUUUGAACAAUAACACAAGCAGCAAUAAUAUAAGCGUGAACAGUGCGGGUGGAACAGUCGUUUAUAGCGGUAAUUGUAUCAGUAGUACAAGUGAAACGGCAACAAAUACAGCCUUACAUUCAUCAUCAUUGUCAGGUGCGGCGUCAGCACUAGCAUCCGGUGAUAGUAAUAAGUAUGGAAAUACAUCGAAAACAGCAACUAGUAGCGAAUUAUUAGCAAAUGGUCACGGUCCCCGAAGAGAGCAGCAGCUAUCAACACUAUCAGAAGGUGAUUUGGAACCAACGGACGGCACGACUACGUCUGACAUAAAUCGCAUAUCAUCCAAAGGAAAUUCUUCAUUACAAGUUCAAGCCGGCCGUAACGAAAUUUUGUUGGGCGAUCAAUCGUUGCGUCAGGAAAACAGGCCACGACGCCGAUCCGGCUCAAGCAUUGUGGUAUUGAGCGGAAGUGAUUCAAUUGAUGACUAUAUCAAAUCAGACAAUAUCGAACACUAUCGGAUAACCGACGGAACCUACCGAGAUUCACACAACUUAGAAAUGCUAACGAUGAUGCCAAUGAAUCAAGACAAUGGUCCACAUCGCGAAAUGGCAGUUGAUGUUCCCGAUUCGUUUAUUGCACGGAAUAAGACACCACCACGAUAUCCACCACCCCGACCACCCACCACACAGGUAAUUUAUACGCCAAAUGGUUCACAAAAACAGCCGUUGUUGUCAACAUCAUCGGCAACAUCGUCGCUAAAAUCCGGUUCAUCGUCCAUUGGAAAUGGUGGUGUGUCACUCGAUUUACAACCACCACCAUCAUACACAUCAUCCACAAAUGUCGAUAACAAUCAUGCAAUCAUCAAUACGAAUCUUCAUCAAAAUAACAAUCAUCACAUGAAAAAUUCAUCGUCGUCAUUCGACAGUUGCAAUGAAUUCAGUAAAAAAUCAUCUAGUAAAUGUCCAUCAUCGUUGGGCUCGGUAUGUGAAUCGAUUGGUUUCGAUUCGAUGAGCUAUCGAACAAAAUCCCGUGGUUCGCUUAGUACACGUAGUUCAUCAUCGGGCGGUGAAAUCGGACCGCCUGAAUAUGAUUUGGGACCACAUCGAGAAAUGGCCGUUGAUGUUCCCGAUAAUUUUGUUGCCAAAAUCAAAAUGCCGCCACGCUAUCCGAAAAACGCUACCACUACAGCGGCCACAUCGAAUCCACUACAAAAAUCAAAAGAAUCACUAUCAUCUACAAAUUCAACAUCGACCACAACUGAAAAAGACGCAAUCAUUACAUCCACAACAAAUUCACAGACAAUCAAUAACAUUACAACACCACAAACGCCAAACCGAAACAGCGAGCUUAAUGGAUCAAUUCGACCGGUACCACCGCCACGCGGUCAUUUGAAUUUGGAGAAAGAUGGAAGAAUAGUAAAUCGAGCGCCAGCACCACAAGUCCCCGACCGUAAUCCGGCACUACAAAGUAAUCAAAUUGCUCAAGUUGUUGAUGCAACACCCGAACAAAUUGAAAGCAUCAAAAAAUAUCAGGAGCAAUUACGACGGCGUCGAGAAGAAGAGGAGCGUAUAGCACAACAGAAUGAAUUUUUGCGUGCCAGUUUACGUGGAUCACGUAAACUACAAGCACUUCAGGAUAAUCAUCCGUUGGCUAGUGAACAGCAACGACCACCCAUUGGUAUUGACAACGAUGCAUUCAUCGCCGAUGAAGAUGUUGAAAGAAUUUUGGGCUACAAUGAACUAGUAGCAGCAUUGCAACAACUUCAAGGCCAAUUGAAUAAGCACGGUUUGGCUUCGUUGGCAGGACGUGUGACAAAUGUUCAAAGUUUAUUGUUAGGACCAGUCGUUGCACGAGCACUUCAUAUACGAAGCGCAGUUCUACAACGCCGUCGGCCACGUACACAAAAUGCCAUUCGCAUGGAUGCCAAAGCUUUGGCUAAAGAAUGCGUUGAGCUAUUGGCUCACUCUAGUUCACCGGAUGCCAUCGAAUUUUGUAAUUUACAAUCAACCUACGAAAUGGAAGGAUUGCUUGAAGCGCAUGAUUCAAUUGCAAACGCAACGGAUCGAACACCUGGUCCAUCUCUAUAUGUUGCAGGUGAUGGAUCCGAUACCGUUUCAAAUCAAAAUAUCGCCAAUAACAACGUAUUAAAUCAACAGCUUCAACGAGAUUUAACGUUAGGUGUUUUACACGACAAUCAGGACCAUAUUCGAAUCAUCAAAAUUGAGAAAUCAGCUGAACCUCUCGGUGCUACUGUACGAAAUGAGGGCGAAGCGGUGGUAAUCGGUCGUAUUGUACGAGGUGGUAUCGCUGAAAAAUCCGGUUUACUACAUGAAGGCGAUGAAAUUUUAGAAGUGAAUGGAAUCGGAAUGCGAGGAAAAUCGGUUAAUGAUGUCUAUGAUUUAUUAAGUGCCAUGACUGGACAGCUAGUUUUCUUAAUUGUUCCUGCAUGUCAUCCGCCAAUUGGUGGCUAUGGACGUGAUCCGCCUGUACUUCAUGUUCGUGCCCAUUUCGAUUAUGAUCCCGAAGAUGAUUUGUAUAUACCGUGCCGUGAAUUGGGCAUAAGCUUUCAGAAAGGUGAUGUACUACAUGUCAUAUCGCGUGACGAUCCAAAUUGGUGGCAAGCGUAUCGUGAAGGUGAAGAAGAUCAAACGUUGGCCGGUUUGAUACCGAGCCAAUCAUUCCAGCAUCAACGUGAAUCAAUGAAAUUGGCAAUCGCUGGCGAAGCCGGACUAUUACGUGGCGGCCGAAGUAAGGAAGGUGCAAAAGGAUCGACUUUGCUUUGUGCACGCAAAGGACGUAAAAAGAAAAUGAAGAAAACCAGCAGCGAAGCUGGAUAUCCAUUAUAUGCAACAACCACACCAGAUGAACCUGAUCCAGAAGAAAUACUCACAUAUGAAGAAGUAGCUUUAUACUAUCCGCGUGCAUCACAUAAACGACCGAUUGUUUUAAUUGGCCCGCCAAACAUUGGACGUCAUGAAUUACGACAAAGACUGAUGGCCGAUUCUGAUAGAUUUGCAGCAGCUGUGCCACAUACAUCUCGAUUGCGUCGCGAAGGCGAAGUUCUUGGCCAAGAUUAUCAUUUUAUAUCGCGUCAACAAUUCGAAUCCGACAUUUUAGCUCGUAAGUUUGUAGAACAUGGUGAAUAUGAAAAAGCCUAUUACGGCACGUCCCUUGAAGCAAUACGUACUGUUGUGUCUAGUGGAAAGAUCUGUGUAUUGAAUUUACACCCGCAAAGUUUGAAAUUGCUGCGUGCAAGCGAUUUAAAGCCAUACGUCGUCCUAGUGGCACCACCUAGUCUCGAAAAAUUACGACAAAAGAAAGAACGCAACCACGAGCCAUACAAGGAUGAAGACCUGAAAGAGAUCAUAGCAACUGCACGUGAUAUGGAAGCUCGAUGGGGUCAUUUAUUCGAUAUGAUAAUCAUAAACAAUGACACUGAACGUGCAUAUCAUCAGCUGUUGGCCGAGAUAAAUUCACUGGAGAGAGAACCACAAUGGGUACCGGCUAGCUGGGUGCACAGUAAUUAAAUGACCCAACACUUUAGCCGCAAUAAAGGAAAUGAAAUGUAUGAUUAAAGCGGAAUCCAAACUGCAAUUUUGUAAACGAGACUGUACACAACCCACUUUGAGGGGUUUAAAAAAAUACAAAUUCACAAAAAAUGCAAACAUUGUACAGUAUGACAAAAGCCAAUAUUUAUUUGAAUAUGAAAUUAAUUGGGCCGAAUUUUAAUAGUAAACGGAACACUGGCAUAAGACACAACGCCAUAACUCAUUUGAGCAAUAAUAUACGUAUUAGGAGCGCAUGUGAUCAUCGUUUCGUUUUUUGCGAUUGGUCGAAGUAACACAAACAUUUGCGGCAAUCAUAAAAAACUAUGAGUAUUAUAUAUUUUGUCUUUUGUGCUAUUCCUUUAAAAAAAUAUGUACUUAACACACAGAGAGAGAGAGAGAGAGAAAGUAUACUUCGUGCGUUUAUAGGCAAUUUAAAAGAAAAUAACUGAUUUAUAUUGUGAACACUCAAUUGAAUUGAAAUUUCAAAUUCAAAUAUUAUGUUUAAUGAAGAAUGAUUUGUUUUUUAGAUAAAUAUAGCUGAAGAAAAUAAUUAAAAUAAAUCCUUAGUCCGAAAUUGUGCAAAUAUAAAAUGAAUGAAAGACUAGAGCUUCAGAGUUAAGGGUGUUGAAUCGACAUAGGCAUCAACCAAUUUUCGAUAUCCGACAAAUUGUCUUUACAAAUUUUGAGAUUUGGAAAGUAAAAGAAAUCGAGUAAAUAUUGCAAUAGGUUCUCCAUUUUCUUUUGGCAAGCGAAAGAAUCAAACGAACGAGAACCGAAUUAUGUUUUGAACAUGAGUAAAUGAAAUAUAUGAAUGCACUGAUUGAAAUUCAUAGAUUUUGUGAAAGAAAACAAAAUAAGAAAAAGAUGAAAAAAAUUGUGUACAUAAAUGAAAGAAAUAAAUAAAUAAUUAGCCGAAAUGCACUGUUAAUAUUCUCGAAAUACACACACCCACUUACACACUCUAGUUGUGACUAAAAUCUACUUAAAAUGCAAUUCCCUUUUAAUAUCAUUUCGAUGAAAAUGUGUAUUUUUCGUUUUAUUUCGUCGUGUUCGAUUUUAUUUUUUUAUUUUAAUUUUUCUGUAAAAUCUCAAAAUAUUUUUGGUUCGAUUUCAAUGUCGUAUGGAUAUACUUUUCUGUCGUUUUUCUCUUAAGCUGAAAACUUAAUUCACACAUAAAUGGUCUCCUAUCCCGUUGACAAAACCGUCACAGAUAUGUGUAAUCGUUGUACUGUUUUCGGAAUGAAAUGAUGAAUUCUUUUGUAAAAAUAUACAUUUUUUAAUCGUGAUUAUUUUGAAUAUAUAAGAAUAAGAGUAAUCGAGAAAAAAAAAAUAUAAAACACAAAUAAAUAAAUAAAAGCGAUGAGUCGUGACAAACAACAGUAAACUUAAGGUGUUCAAUGGCAUUGCGAUGACUACGACGACAAAAUAACACACACAAACAAAUUUUCACAACUAGGAACUGUUUAGCAUAACGAAAUCAGACAAGAAAUUAUAAUGCAAAAAAAUAUAUGAAAAAAAAAAACAAAGUGAAAUUAAAUGUGUUUAGGAACAAAUUAGAUUAUAAAUAAAUUGAAUGGAUUAUUUUUUUUUCUUCAUUCUUCAUUUUGUUUAAUUCCGAUGCCAAGAAGCAGCAACAAGCUUAAUAUUCUUAUGUGCAGAAUAUUCCGCAAAACUUCAGAUGUAUUAGAUUCUUUCUGUUGACAAACCAACUACAUACAAAUUGUAUAAUUAAUCUGAAAACAAAAAUAAUGAGAAAAAAAAAAAACAAAACAAAAACUCUA